GCAGGGUUAUUUUCAUACAUGUAUGUAACAGGAUGUUAAAAACUUUAAGGCUCCAUUCCAUGGACAACGAUCGUGCCAAUUCCAUAAAUAUUCAGAUAGCUUUGAAAUAACUUUAAGAUCACAGACAGUUUUUGGAAAUUUCACUAGAAAUGCAACAAAAAAGUUUUUUUGCACUGCUCCUGUCACUCGUGUUAUUGUGAGGCAGCUGUCCGUAAGGCCUAUUAGCCUGUGCCUGUCCAUCAGUUUUUUUCCACAGUUCCACAAGGAAAGGGUACAUCUUAGUGUGUCAAUAACGUAAAAUGGGUUCUCAAACGCUAGAAAUUCUGCGUCAAGGAUUCUGGGCAUCGUUCACUGGAGGAUGGUUUUUCGAUCCACGCCAAGAAAUAUUUUGCAACACAUUUCAUUUAUAUUUAUGGAUGUAUCUGCUGCUACUUCCGUUUGUGUUGUUCUUGACGACUGGGCCGAGCAAUAUUUCAUUACUGCUUUAUCCAAUCAUAAUUCUUUUAACAUUUAUUGUCUUGAAAUUUAUCAAUGUAAGACUUCAUUUGAUGUUUGAUGGGGAGGAAGUUAUAAAUGAAGUAAAUGAAAGUAAAGAUAGAGAGACAGAAGAAGGAAAAACAGGAUGUGGAAGUGCACAAAAUCAGGGCGAGGAGAUGAAAAAAUCUGAUGAUAUUGAACUGGAUGUGCUGAAUUUUGCACAAUGUUUCAAGAGUGAAGGUACUGAGCCUGUUUCCAAUGGUACAGAUGAAGCAGUUGAAAAUGAUAUUUCUGAUAAUGGCAUAGAAAAGGAUACAAGACAAACAGUACUAGAACUUGCAAAGCAGGCAGCCGUUGAAGGUGAAGACGAUGAAUUCACAGAAGCUCAAACUAAAAAAGAAGAAGCUGUGGUGAAAAAGAAAGAGAAGAGAGAUUCUGUAACAAGCAAAGAGUGUAUAAGAGGAUCAUCAUCAGGCUUCAGCAGUAUUUCUUCACUAUCUUCAAGUGGUGGGAGAGCAGAGUUGGUUGUUGUUGAUGUUCACAAGAUUACCCAAGUGCAUAAUGACAAAGGUACCAUAGUUGAACAGUUGCAAGGGAAAUCAGAAGAUCAAGAGGAUGCAAAACUUGAAGGUGCAGUGGGAUUUUCCAAGGAGUCUUCCCUGGAAAACUGUGAAGGUGCAACAAAUGGUCCUAUGCAAGAUUCGAAAGAACUAGCUGAUACAACCCCACAGGAUACAAUGGUGCCAGAAGACAUAAAUGGAUCCUCACAAUUUCCGUUGAAUCUGUGGCGACUUGUAGAUUCAAACAGUGACUUGAAUGGCAGUCAUGGGUCAGAACUGAAUUCCAUAAAUGACAAAGCUGUUGCCUCUGAAAAACCUAGAUUCACUUCUGAUGCGAAGUCUGAUAACACACUACGUGUUUCAAACAAAGAGAUUGAUGGCAUUGAAGGGGACUCACAAGACAAAGCUGUUUCAAUGUCAGCCUUAGAAGCAAAUAGCAAUGGGGAGGGUGAAGCAGGCCAGAGAUCCAAAACUAGCCAGGCUGUCUGGUUUUCUCUUCCUGAGAUGGAAAAGACAAACGAAGAUAAUGUCUUUGGACCUGGAGAUGAGGAAGGGUUGCGCCGAGAACUUGCUAAAAAGGUCAUGGCUUCUAGUGAAGGAGACAAUGGGGAUGAUUCUCACUGGAGUACCAGUUUGAAACAUUUAAACGACGGUAGUACAGAAGAAGGAGGCUCUGAUAAAGAAAAAGAUGAGACGAAAAGCGAACCAGAGGCAGAUACGAGACAAGGCUUUGUGGUGGAGCUCUUAGAUUCUUAUGAAGGUAGAAGACUUAAUCGAAGAGGUGCAACGAGGCAGAGUUUUAGAGACUACAUCAGAGAGAGGUCUGAUCGGUCUUUGCGUCUGCGAAGGAGACGGUUGGUUUUAGAAUCCGCAGGAUCAUCACUUCUAGGUCAAGAUGACGAUAGUGGGGACCAAUCCCAGAAUGCAAGUCGACACGUCGCAUUGACUCAUGACGAUACAACAGCAGGAGCUGUGCACUGCUUCAAAGAUGAAUUUGGUAUCUGGCACACUUACGUAUUUGGAGAUGAAGGGGGAGAAGUUGAGGCAAGUGCCACUCAGUCGACUGACCAUUCGAUUGGAUCUACUUUGAACAGAGACAUGAGGUCCUCCUCAAGAAGAGGUGCAGAGUCCGGUAGUACUCAAGCCUCCCUAACCGACCGCGAUUUAUUUGAAUCAGUUUACCAAGAAGUCCGUUUAUCCCACUUACUAUCAGGGGGUGUGGAACCUAGGCCAUGGGCGCAGUUUGCAUCACCUGGAAGUAUGAAAGUCUCAGCGUCAGAGCUGCCUCCGCGGCGAUACUACAAGCUGCAUGUCUAUAGCUCGUUUUUUGUGAAAAUAUGGUUCGAUCGAUUGGCACUGCUUGCCUUACUAGACAGAAACAAAACAUUGUUGGAAACAGUAAUCGCCAUAUUGUUUGGUGGUCUGACUGCAUGGCUUGGCUACAUGUUGCUAUCACGUGACUACGUGUAUGACUUGUGGAUAUUCAUUCUUUGCUUUGUCAUAGCCAAAUGCCAGUUCUCCCUUCUCAAGAGCGUGCAGCCGGACUCAGCAUCUCCCGUGCAUGGUCACAACAAUGUGAUUGUAUUCAGUCGUGCAGCCUAUUUUUGUUGUGUGGCUGCCAUGAUACUGUUAUUAGACGAAGCUUCGAAAAGCAACCCAACUGCGCCGAAAUUAUAUGGAAUUAAUAUUUAUUCGAAAGCAACCCUAGAGUUCACCAGAGAUGCACUAAUUGGUUUCCUGCUGGCUUUUCCAGUGAUAUUUGUUUUUGGUUUACUUCCGCAAAUCAAUACUUUCACGAUGUAUUUCUUGGAACAGCUAGAUGUUCAUUUGUUUGGAGGGACAUCGAUGACAAGCCUCCAAGGAUCAUUUUAUUCCAUCUUCAAAAGUGUAGCUUCCGUUGGCUUUCUCUAUGGUUUCUGCUAUGCAGCUAUGAAGACAGAGUCAAAAGCCCAACACAUUCUGUUUUCGAUUUAUUGUGGACUUCUUACUGCUGUUUCCUGUCAUCUAAGUCGAUGCACAAGUGAUCCAUUAGUUCUGUGGGAAAUUUUCAAGUCAAAAGUUCUCAGAAUGGAUUUGAGGAAUGAAGAAGGAGACCCACUUCCUGAGAAGCUCAGAAAGACAGUGCUCAAGAGACUUGGAAAUGACAUCAUUGUGUCCACGGGGAUUAUCAUCAUAGUCUUUGCUGUGCACGUGAGCACAAUGUUUACUAGAUUGCAGCCUAAUAUAAGUUACAUUCUCUUUGGCGAAGUGGCUGUUUUGGGUAUUGUCAACCACUACCUCAUACCACAACUGAGAAAGCAAUUACCUUGGCUCAUUGGCUCUUCUCCAGUCUUGAAAUCCAGCGAAUAUGACAUUUAUGAAGCCUUCAAUGUUGCUCACAUUAUGUGGUUUGAGCGCGCUUACGUUUGGCUUUGUGUCGUCGAAAGAAAUGUUCUGUACCCUUUGACGUUCAUUAACUGCCUUACAAGAGACGCUCACCUCAUUACUGGAAAGUUCGGGCCAGUUAUCGGAUCACUGAUCAUCACAAUAACAGGAAUGAAGCUGCUGCGAUCGAGUUUCACUGCAACUGCGAGGCAGCAUAUUGUCCUUAUUUGGACUGUUCUUUUCUUCGAGUAUGACUAUCGUGGCAAUUCCGAGACGUUCCCAAUUGAUUAUUUUAUAAUGUCAAUCUUCGUCGACAAGGCCAUCGAUUUGUUAUUGAAAUUCCGCUUCAUUCUAACGUACACAGCACCAUGGCAGAUCACAUGGGGAUCGGCAUUCCACGCUUUCGCGCAACCUUUCAGCCUGCCUCAUUGCGGUAUGCUGUUCCUUCAAGGAGUUAUUUCUGCUUUUCUGUCAGCUCCACUCAAUCCGUUUCUGGGCAGCGCAAUUUUCAUUACGUCAUAUGUUCGUCCUACCAAGUUUUGGGAAAAGAAUUAUAACACUAAAAGAGCUGAUCAUUCGAAUACACGGCUGUCAUCUCAUUUGGACAACAACCCUUGUUCAGAUGACAAUAAUCUGAAUUCGAUUUUCUACGAGCAUCUGUCACGCUCCUUGCAGCAUAGUUUAUGCGGUGACUUGAUGCUUGGAAGAUGGGGCAAUGUCUCAAGUGGUGACUUCUUCUUCGUUGCAUCUGACUAUUUGAAUGCUCUUGUUCACAUUGUUGAGCUGGGAAAUGGAUUCGUCACCUUUCAGCUUCGUGGCCUUGAGUUCAGAGGUACAUACUGUCAGCAAAGAGAACUCGAAGCUAUCACAGAAUGGGCGGACAAUGAUGGAGGUUGUUGCUAUGGCUCCUCCUCAAGCUGUGGUUUCUCUCGCCUCUUGUCCUGCAAAGCGGCAUUUAAUCAGAGAUGGCUUGCCUGGGAGGUUAUACAGAGCAAAUACAUCCUCGAGGGCUACAGUGUCAGCGAUAAUACUGCCACAUCCAUGUUCCAAGUUUUUGAUCUUCGAAAGAUUUUCAUUACUUACUAUGUAAAGGCUAUUAUUUUCUACGCGCUCAAGUCACCUAAACUGAAAAAUUGGAUUUCGGAUGAAAGAUUGAUGAGUUCACUCGCUGAAACUAGAAAACAGAGUUUCGUCGACCGAGAUGCUGUCUUUCGCGCGAUGACUGACGAAGAUUAUGACGUCAGGCCAAAUGGGGUCUCGAGAACAAGUUUUUGCUCUGUAUAUCUUGACUGGAUAAAAUACUGCAACAAUCAGCUAGAGGAGAGUAUCGAAGAACACAACGAGGAUUCAAACUUGGUCACCCUGUGCUUUGCUUUGUCUCUUCUUGGAAGGAGAAUGUUCUUCACGGCCUCACAUCAACCAGCUACAACGCUAAAGUCAUUUCUACAUGGCCUUCAUGCCCUAUUCAAAGGCGAUUUCCGGGUCUCAUCCUCCAAAGACGAAUGGGUUUUUGCAGAUCCGGAUAUGGAACUACUCAGAAAAGUUAUUUCACCAGCUGUGAAAAUGUCAGUCAAGUUACAUCAGGACCAUUUUGUAUGCCCAGAUGAAUAUGACGAUAACGUGGUGUUGUAUGACGCAAUAUCAUCUCAUGAUGAAAAGUUUGUUAUUUCGCACGAAGGCGACCCUGUAUGGAGACAGGCUGUUCUAAACAACAAGCCAACACUUCUUGCUUUGAGAUAUGUUAUUGACGAGGGUAAUGAUGACUACAGAAUUAUCACUUUAAACAAGAGAUUCCUGACGUUUAGAAUUGUCAAGGUCAAUCGAGAGUGUGUUCGCGGUCUGUGGGCAGGUCAGCUUCAAGAACUCAUUUUCUUACGUAAUCGAAACCCGGAACGAGGCUCGAUUCAGAACGCCAAGCAAGCAUUACGUAAUAUGAUAAAUUCGUCAUGUGAUCAGCCAAUCGGUUACCCUAUAUACGUAUCGCCGUUGAUAACAUCAUAUGCAGACACAAAUAAACAAUUGACUCAAGUCAUUGGUGGACCAGUUAAUCUUAAUGUGGUAAGUAGGUUUGCUUCAUGGGUAUAUGAACGGUUGGCGCACCGAUAUGGAGGAGCUUGUAAUCCUAGUAGCAAUCCGGAGCCGGAUGACCUUGAGCCUCCCUUAUCAGUCGCAAUCCCUACGUUUAGGCUUGACGAAACAAAAGUUGUUGCUGCCCCACAGCUACCUUUUAGCCGAGCUUCUUCGCACCGCACUAGCUACACAGCUGUGCCUAACCCUCCGAGGAGGUCCUCUUCAUUAGCGUCUGGUGUUGUUUUGCCGCCUACUCGACAGGCCUCGUACGACUGCCAAAAAGUCUGUAUCGCCAAUGCAAAUCUAAUAAUAGAUCCAGUCUCAAGUACUUUCGAGGAAUUGCAGUGGCCAUCAAAUGAACUGAAGGAGUUGGUUAUUCAAGAAUUCGCGGAAAGAAACGCGGAUUGGAAACCGAUAGAGGGAACUGAGUUUGAGGUGGUUCAUGCGUUCAACCAGCCUCGUGCGGAUGUAAAGCAGCGCGGGCACCAGGACGAGACGAUACUACUGCUAAUAUCAACUGAUAAAUAUGUACUGAUCCCCGAAUCGGGAGUGAAUUUCGGGGUUAAUUAUGUCUCAGACGUUUGGAUUUAGUGGUUGAUCUAAUCAACGUUUUUCUCGCGAUAAACACGGGGAUUUAAAUAUUUUCUGGACUCUUCUUUGGCCAUGCUUGAGAAAACUUGACUGGAUAAACAUAGAGAGGUCACUUAUGAGGUUGAAGGGGAUGACAUUUUUGUAUUUUUGUUCCUUUCAUUUUAUUUAUAGUAGACAAAUUUGUGUUUCAUUUUCCCGUUACGAUGCUUCUGUGCUGUCAAAUGGGAUAUUAGAUAGUCUGCGCCCUCGAUAUGCACAAAGUAGCUAGCAGAAUCUUUCAAAAUUUGUGUUUAUAAACAAAAAUUUCGGCCAGUUGUAAUAAAGAAUAUUGCAUUUUAAAUUUUCUUUUUAUGUUCUACAUUACCGAACAACUGUGCCCAGAAAAUCCUUAGAGGAAUUAUCUUCCAGUUUUUGAUUGUAUAUAUCUUCCAUUUUAUACAUUCUUUCGAGUAUUUGAAGUUAUUUUUCUGCUGCUUCAAAAUUCGUAUAUUGUGUCCAUCCAAGACAUUUGUUUUUCACAUCAUAAAGAUCACUGACAUAAAUCGUAAUUAUAUCUGAAGUAUUAAACUGUAGAUUUGCUUUAGAAAAUGAUGGUUAUAUGACUAUGUUGA